AUGACGCACUCCAACGACAGCCCCGUAUGGGGACUGCGGCCCUCAGCAGAACCUAGCAUCCAUGGCUGGACGUCCAGGUCUCAGGAGCUGCGUCCUCCUCACGAGCAGCUCAGUUUGAUAGUAGCGCAGGCAAAGAAGCACGCGUCCGUGCAGAGGCUGGCCGCGCACUAUGAGGAGUGGGAAACGAGCCUCAGGCGAGAGGCCGAGGAGAGGAUCGGUGGAUUCAAGCCCCUGCAGCGGUUCAUAGAGGCCAGUGGUCAGACGGAGGACUGGCAGCUGUUGCGUCGUGUCAAGAGCCAGCAGCCUGGGCUAGGGGGCGCGAUGAAGCGCUCGGCGAGCGAGGGCACGCUCACAUUGGCGGAGCACCAGCCGCGCAGCGCGCAGCGCGUGCACAUGCGGCAGGAUUGGGAGCCGCUCGGCAGCAGCGGCAACAUGGCCGCGCAGGCCACCGCCGUCCCGCAUGCGACGCCGCACGAGGCCCCGCGGGAGCGCCGGCGCUCCGCCGACGGCGACCCCGCUGCGGCCGCGCCGCACAUCAGCCAGGGCGGCAGCGGCGACGCGCCGUCCCCGCAGGCGGCGCAGCAGCAGCAGCAGGCGCACCGCUUCCCGCGCGCCACGACGGCGCCAGCGCUGCGGGACGAGGACGGUGAGGAGUCGGAAGCCUCCGACGACGGCGGCGCGCCGUCCGCCACCGCCACGCGCCGCGGCACGCGCUCCAGCGCGCCGGGCGGCGCCCCGGCCGCGGCUUCGGCCGCGUGGUCUGCCAGCGGCGGCGCCGGCAGCCCGCCGGACGACCUCGGCGCGCGGCAGCUCGAGGCCGUCGCCGCGCGGCUGCUGCAGUCGAGCCGGGCCGCGAUCCAGACGGCGCACGCGGCGGUCGCGGAGACGGCGAUCAACUGCUCCCAGAACCUGCAGACUCUGGGGGCCCUGUUCAGCGCGAGCGUCGGCCAGGGCAUGUCGUCAGCAGGCGGCAGCAGCGACAGCCUGGCCCUCGCCGGCGGCGGCCCAGACGGCGGCGGUGACAGCGGCGCCCGCGGCUCGGGCGGCGGAAGCCAGCUGCAGCUCGUGCCAUGGGCCGCGAACGACCGCGCGGCGGCUGCGGCGGCGGCGGCGGCAGCAGCAGACGCGGGCGGGCCGUGGGACCUCAUACCUCGGUACCUCCGUCUCACGGCCGAGGGCCUCGCCGGCGGGCCGCUCGCUAUCGGCGACGCGGCCGGCGCGGCCGCUGCCGGCGGCGCCGCCGCAGGCGUCGCCGCUGCCCAGCAGGACGGCGGCGCGCAGCCGGCCGUGUACAGGCAGCUCGCCGAGUACUUUGACCGGCUGGAAGAGGAGCGCCGCCGCCGCCGCGCGGCUCGGCGCGGCGGCGCGUACAGCAGCCUGCGGGAGCCGGGGCGCAACGUGGCUAUCGUCACGACCGCCUCGCUGCCUUGGAUGACGGGCACCGCGGUCAACCCGCUGCUGCGCGCCGCAUACCUGGCCAACGAGGGCGAGCCCGCUACCGGUGACGCGGACGGCGUAACCGGCGGCGUAACCGGCGGCGCCGGGCGGCGGGUGACGCUGCUCCUGCCGUGGCUGAACAAGAGCGACCAGGAGCGGGUGUUCCCGGGGGCGGUCACGUUUGACAGCCCGACGGACCAGGAGGCGUUUGUGAGGGAGUGGGCGCAGAAGCGGACGGGGCUGCCGUGCGACUUUGCAGUGAAGUUCUAUCCGGGGCGCUACGCCCCAGAGAAAGGGUCCAUCCUGCCCGUCGGUGACAUCACUCAGUACAUCCCCGACAGCGAGGCUGACGUGGCGGUGCUCGAGGAGCCCGAGCACGUGAGCACACGGCUUGCCAUGAAACCCCGGCAGUCUUUGCACUGGCGCCGCUGA